UUCAAUAAAAUGAGUUAAAGUUUCACUGUAGCAGGAAGUUCUACAAGCUAGUGAGCUUCAUUCUGUCAGUGCUCAGCCAGAAGGGGAUCUGUCCUGACAGAUAUUAUUUCUCAUUAUGGCCAGCGCACAGCUGCUGCUCCUGACUCUUCUUGUCAGCUCUGCUUACGGAGUUGGUCUAGAGGAUAAGAAAGGACCAUUAGAUCAUAAAGUCUUGGAUGUGCCAGAAGCCACACCAGUGCCAUAUGCUAUUUUUCAGUUUACAUCCACAGCAGAGGGCGUGUCAUCAUAUCGUUUGAGUGGUGAGACAGAAGGGAAGAUUAACAUAUCUCCUGAUGGUUGGCUGUACCUGGAAGAAGCACUGGAAUGGAGCCCAGGAAAAAGAUACAGUCUAAGUAUUGAGGCACUUUCAGAUGAGGAUGACAUCGUUGAUGGACCUUACACAGUUGUUCUCCAAGUUGUGGAUGUCAACAACAAUGCUCCUGUCUUUAAUCAGAGCCAGUAUAGUGGAACGAUCAGAGAGCAUUCACCUGCAGGAAUUCCAUUUGUACAUGUGGUCGCCAGUGAUGCUGAUGAUCCGGACACACCCAAUUCACAACUGACCUACAGCAUUGAGAGCCAAAUCCCCAACACUAAUGGAGAAGCUUUCUUUAGCAUCGACCCAAACACUGGGGAAAUUUCCACCACAGAGGAGGGAGCUGCAUCACUAAAAGCCAGAACUGGAGUGAGGUACAGUCGUGGAGAAACCAGGGGGAGUGUUGACGUUCUGAAGAGGAAGUUUGAUGAAUUCUGCCUUCCAAGGAACAACAUACCCCUUGACGACAACCCAUUUUUCACUUGUGUUCAACGUGCUGAGAACAGGCGAAUGAACGUCAUACAGGAUCCAGACUACACUCUAAUUGUGCGAGUGGAGGAUUUAGGUGGAGGAGCUCCAGGUGCGCUGAGCAGCGUCACAAGGGUCAAUAUUGCUGUGAUUCAAAAUCUGUGGAUUUCACCUGGACCUAUCAAUAUCAUGGAGAAUUUAGUAGCGGAAUACCCCAUGUUGCUUACCACGGUGCGUGCCAAUGACCCCAAUGCACUGUACAGGUUGGUGCAGAAGGAGAAAGAGGUUCCAUUUCCUUUCACUAUCAAUGAAGAUGGAGAGAUCUACAUCAUAGAGCCACUGGAUAGAGAGAUCAAGACCAUGUACAUCCUGGUAGUCUUGGCUGAGGAUGAGGAAGGCGUCGAGCUGGAAUCUCCUAUGGAGAUCCAAGUUGAGGUGGGAGAUGUAAAUGAUAAUGCUCCUAAGUGUGUCAGCGACAAAAGUGUGUUUGAGGUGCAGGAGAAUGAGAAAGUUGAUAGCCACGUCGGAGAUUUGUUGGUUCAUGAUGCCGACAAGGAGAACACACCAAACUCGCUGCUGACCUACAAGCUUUUGAGCCAGAGUCCCACCAAUCCAUCUGACAGAAUGUUCAACAUUGACCAAGCGAGUGGAAGGAUCCAAGUGGCCAAAAAUAACUUCCGUAGGAAGGAUGUGCCACAAUAUAACCUUAAAGUUUCAGUUACAGAUGGAGUUCACAGCACAGAGUGUGAUGUUGUCAUCAACAUCAUCGACCUCAAUAACGAGGUCCCCAUCUUUGAGAAGAAUGAUUAUGGGACAUACAGUGUUCCAGAAUUAGCUGAAGUCGGGGACACUCUGCUCACUGUCAAGGCUACGGAUGCUGAUGAUCCAGGGACAGGCAGCUCUAAGGUGGAAUACCACAUCACUGCAGGUGAUCCGGACAAUGUAUUCGCCAUAGAAGUUGAUGAUGCCACUGGAGAGGGCAGAGUCUACAUAGCACGGCCAUUGGAUUAUGAAGUUCAGUCUGCCUAUAAGCUUCGCAUUGAUGCCCGUAAUCCUGAGCCGCUGAUCGAGGGGGUGGACUACGACAAUCAGUCCACCACAGUCGUUGUCAUUGAGCUGGUUGAUGUGGAUGAGCCUCCAGUGUUCACUGUAGAUACUGUGAAUGUCAACAUCCCGGAAAAUAUCACCGUAGGAACCACCAUCUUGACAGCCAAUGCUAAAGACCCAGAGGGACAUAAGAUCAUGUUUAAGCUGGAGGGAGAUGAGCAUGGCUGGCUGGACCUGAAUACUGAAUCUGGGGAGUUGAAGACUAAAGCAGAGAUGGACAGAGAAGUGCUGGAUAAACUCACUGUCCGAAUCAUCGCAUACGAGUCAGAGGGUCAGAUGCAGGAAACUGAGAGGGAAGUGUCCAUCCAGGUGAUGGAUGUAAAUGAUAACUACCCUAAGCUACAGAAGACGCAGGGAUUCAUGUGUGUGAAGAAGCCAGAGCCCUUGGUGUUGACUGCCGUGGACGGAGAUGCUGAGCCAUUUGGAGAACCCUUUACCUUCACACUGCAGCUGGGCCGCAAAUCUCCUAACUGGGAGAUCACACCAGUAAACGGAACCGCGGCUAAGCUCGUGCUGAAGAAGAAGCCCACCACUGACCAGACCUUCAGCAUCCCUGUCAACAUCGUGGACAAUGCUGGCGUAGGUGUAACACAGAAGUUCGAAGUUCGAGUAUGUAACUGUACUGAGCUGGGUUACUGUUACGUGGAGCCAGGGACUCAUGCCUGGAAGUUUAGCGUGUCCACUACAGCGGCCAUUCUUGGAGGAGUAUUGGGAUUUAUUGUUUUGUUCCUGGUAAUUGUAAUAUGCCGCAUCAAGAAGAAAGAUAAGAAGAAGGACACAGCGACGGCUGAUGGGGAAGCCAACUCCAUGCUCUAGACGCCAUGCUCAGUUACACACAUACACACACCGGAUUGGUCAGUUCACAUGCAAUGUUGAUACCGCAGGCCUUUUUGAACUCAGGCAGGUAAUUUAAAGUAAACAGACUGUUGAACUGUGUAAUACUGUGACAUACUUUAGGAAGGGAAUUGGGCUCAGAUAGCAUCCAGGUGACUCUCCCAUGCAGUGUAUUAGGCUCUCUCAAACAUCUCAACCAAAUUACACCUUGAUUAAUACUAAAUGUUUAGCUAGCUCUUAGAAUAAAUGCUUUAAAACAGAAAUACAAAUUACCAAGGGUUUGAUGUCAUACUCCAUCUGCUCUCCAUCAUAUAAUCUCUCCAUCUGUAAUUCCUCACCUGUAUGGCCAGUGUUGUUUGCUGCUGAUGAUUUUUUUUUUCCUGAGUGUAUAUGUGUGUAUGUGUGUGUAUGUGUGUGUUUGUGUGUGGGGGGUCAGGGAAGGUUUGUGCUACAUUGAUCUGUGCUCUAUUAGGAUGUACUUGAUUAUAGUAUUAUAAAGAUAAUACACUAGAUGCUGUAAUACUGUGUAGAUUAAUAUAUUUAUUCUCAUGAACAUAAUCAGUCAAAAUGUAAAAAUUUUAUUACCCUUACCCUCUCGACCCAAACCUGGUUGAAGUCAGAAUUAAGAAUGGAAAGCCAAGCUAUACUGUACUACAUUAACUAUAAGUAGGGCAUUUGGUUUUGUCUUAAUAAACAUCUCCUUGGAUAGAGAA